AUGUCCACAAAUUCAUCAUCUCAGCAAACCACCACGCAAUUGGAAACCACGCCGCGAGUAUAUUAUGAACAUUAUAUGACGGCACAACCCAACUAUGAUCUUUACCCGAGUCUUUCUCGUAGAUUAGGGAAUGGUUAUGUCCACCGUCCUAUUCGAAGACCCAAGAAGCAACAACAAACAAACUUCAUCUCAAUACAUGGUACAACAUCUCGACGUUCGUAUAAUGUAGAUCAAGAUCCCUUAUGGCAGCCAAUACCGCAAAUGCCACAAGAAACCCCUUCCUGGGAUCUCUAUCCUGCUAUACUACGUAAUGUUGAAAACUAUGGCACAGACCAAAUGAGACAAAGACUUCGUGCUAUGGAAGCUACGGUUAAUCUUUGA